AUGGUUCAGAAUGGUGUAACGAAAUCCUGUUGUACGAAUAUUGGCAGGCAGGUUGUGAUGGAUGUGGGCUACGAAGAAAGAGCUGGUGAGAAUGGAGGCGAGUGGGUGUAUUCACCGCCUCCCGACAAUCAGCGUGAGUUCGAAUUUCCUGAAGAUGGACUUUUUUUUUCCUCUCGAUUUGACAGUGGCAACCUGAUACAGGUGGAACGUGUUGGGGCGUAUCGUUAUAACAUGUAUACUUCUCCCGACUGUGGUAAUACUUCAAAGCAAACGAACAACCGACAAUGGUUUCAUUUUGCAAUUCGUGGGGGAAGUCGUGGAUGCGUAAUUACCUUCACGUUUGUGGGUAUGAUGCACAGCAAGAUGUUUACGUAUGGAUGGACGCCUGUGGUGGCGGUGUGCCCAGGAAAGCCCCACUACACACGGGUACCUGGUAAAGCAACCGUCAUGGCUCUUGACACGAUGCCGCCGACGCCAGGUUACCCCGGGUUUGUCAUUAAGCCAUGGCCGAAUAAGACAUCAGAGCCAGAAUUUGCAGCAGAUGGUGGGAGCGAAACUGUGGAUGGGAAUGGUGGUUCAGAAGGGGCUCCUGAUGUCAUAGAAGUGACCUUGAAUACUGCCAGGAAGAAAAAGAAGGAAAACGCUGUUGCUAUGAACUUAACGUUUGAGGUACGGCUGGAAAUUGAUGCCCCUCUCACCUCAUCUGUUUACCCCCUCGGACAUCCACAAUGCCCGGCGACAUACGUUGCCAGCAACCACCCCUACUCCUACACAACUCUACAACAAUACAUAAAGGCAUGGAGGCAGCAAAACGUUGGUGAAAAAAAAAUGGAACUAUGGGGGAGUUAUCUGGGAAUUCAAACCCCUUGUUACCCCCAUCUAAAUAUUUUCAUCACGAGAUUCUUUGCAAAUCACUAG